GGAGCAGCCGCCUGCCGCACCGCAGCCCCUCGCUCGCACAGCGCCCCUCGGGGACAGGGGCCAGGCGGGUGCCCCGCCACCCCACACGCAGACACUGGCUGCCUGGGUUUGAAGGAGCCUCUCGGCAGCAGAGCAGCCCCCGGCGGAGAAGGAGCAGCAGCAAAGAGGGGGGAAAGUUGUCCCCCCCUCCCCCUCAGGAGGCAGAGCCAUGGGCUGCAUCGGGGGACUGCAGGCUGCCCGCUCCGCGCUCCUGGCGCUGUUGCUCGGACUCUCUGCCCCGCCGUGGCUGCAGGCGGAGAAGCUGGGGGAUGGAUGUGGACACAUGGUGGUGUAUCAAGACAGUGGCACUCUGGCAUCCAAGAACUAUCCUGGGACUUACCCCAACUACACAGUUUGUGAAAAGAAAAUUCAAAUACCUCAGGGAAAACGACUGAUCUUAAAAAUUGGAGACUUAGAUAUUGAAUCCCAAAAAUGUGAAUCUAACUACCUUACCAUUCUUAGCUCUUCAACAAUACAUGGACCAUACUGUGGCAAUAUGAUGCCUGGUCCUAAAGAAAUCAUCUUGGAUACUAAUGAAGCAACUAUUCGCUUUGAGAGUGGGUCCCAUGUAUCCGGACGGGGCUUUCUGUUAUCCUAUGCCAGUAGUGAUCAUCCAGAUCUAAUCACAUGUUUGGAGAGAGCAAACCAUCACGUGAAGAACGAAUACAGCAGAUAUUGUCCUGCUGGUUGCAGAGACAUAGCGGGUGAUAUUUCUGGGAAUAUAGUGGAAGGAUACAGAGAUACCUCCCUAUUGUGCAAAUCAGCCAUACACGCAGGUGUUGUUGCAGAUGAGCUGGGUGGCCAGAUCAAUGUGAUUCAGCAGAAAGGAGUAAGUCGAUACAAAGGCAUCCUGGCCAAUGGCAUCCUUUCACAGGACGGCUCACUCUCAGACAAGCGGUUUGUGUUUACCUCAAAUGGCUGCAAUAAAUCCUUGAGUUUGGGAGAUGGAUUCAUCCCCAAAAGCCAUAUUACAGCAUCGUCCUCUUGGGAAGAGACCAGUGAAAUUGGGGAAAGUGUUCAGUGGUCUCCUGACAAGGCCUGGCUUCAAGUCCAAGGGAUUUCAUGGGCAUCCAACCAUAGCAGCCACCGGGAGUGGUUGGAAAUAGACUUGGGAGAGAAAAAGAGAAUAACUGGGAUUAGGACUACAGGAUCCACUAUGCUGAAGUUUAACUUUUAUGUAAAGACCUUUAUUAUGAACUAUAAAAAUAACAACUCAAAAUGGAGAACUUACAAAGGAAUCCUAAGCAAUGAAGAAAAGGUAUUCCAAGGCAACUCUAAUUAUGGGGACGUAGUACGUAAUAAUUUUAUCCCUCCUAUAGUGGCCCGAUACGUGCGGAUCAUUCCACAGACCUGGCAUCAAAGAAUAGCAUUUAAGGUGGAGCUGAUUGGUUGUCGAAUAAUGCAAGCUAACAACUCAUUUACUCACCCAAUGUGGCAAAGACCAAGUCAAAGCACAGGUGUAGCGGUUGGAAAAGAAGACAGAACCAUCACAGAACCCAUCCCAUCAGAAGAAACCAGCUUGGGGUUAAAACUUACAGCUAUAGUUGUCCCGGUCUUAGUAGGGCUGUGUCUGUUCCUGCUCUCUGGGAUUUGUAUCUGUGCAGCCAAACGAAAGAGAGAGACAAAAGGAGGUGCUUAUGGUUCAUCUGAUGCAGAAAACCCAGGUUGUUGGAAACAGAUCAAGCAGCCCUUCGUCAGACAUCAGUCAACGGAAUUUACCAUCAGCUAUAAUAAUGAAAAGGAGACUCCGCAAAAGCUGGAUCUAGUCACAAGUGACAUGGCAGAUUAUCAGCAGCCUCUCAUGAUCGGAACUGGGAUGGUAACAAGAAAAGGAUCCACAUUCAGACCAAUGGACACAGAGGAUGAGGAGAAGAAAGAUAGUUCAGUGAUCGAGAACCACUAUCACUGCCCGCACAGAGCUAGCCGUCAUGAAUAUGCGUUGCCCUUGACCAACCAGGAGCCUGAAUAUGCCACCCCUAUUAUAGAGAGGCAUCUAGGAAGAGAGAACACUUUUCCCUCUGAAAUUGACUACAAUGUACCUGUAAUUUCUUCUGCUCAUAAACAUUCCCUUUCUGCUGGCAGUUUCAGUAAUUCGGGUAGGACCGAUGUCAGGAAUGGGGACUAUCAAACACCGCAAAGUCUAAUCAACUAUGAUAAACCUAAAGUUAACUGUGUUUUGACCUCAGUGGGCUACAGUACUGACUAUCAGAAACCGCAAACUAAUUCACUGGUGAAUGAGGGUUAUUCAACGCCCAGAGACUGCCUAAAACCAAUAAACCAGACAGCAAUGACAGCACUCUUGUGACUUGCUGAGUUGAGAGAUUUGCUGCUCUAGUGAACAAUGUUCCUAUAUAGCUACUGGAAUGAAUGUAUUAUAGUUUAAAAGGAUCCCACUCCGGCAGCUAGAAGACAAACUCCGCCUGUGUACAUAAUAUUGCAGUUCUGUUGUGUUCUGACACUUGAAGACCAGAGUACACUGAUAAUCACUGACUAUAGCAAGAGAAAAUUAUCAGUGAAGACUCUGCUUUCUGUAACUGAUUUGUAAUAUGUGCAAUUUGUACAUAGUUUUUAUUUAAGAAAAAUAACUGAGUUUCCUUUCAUCUGUUUUGUUCUAUGUAUUUAAAUAGUAGGGAAAACAGCUGUUGCAGAAGUUCUUGUACAAAAAAUCUUUUGGUCAUCUGAACUUUAUUUUAUCUUCUGUUGUGUUAGCAGUCUUAAACUGUAUUCUCCUAUGGCUGUGGUGGUUCAUUUCCUUUCCCAGGAUAGCUGGAAAUAAGGCAUUUUAAUAGUUUUAUUCUUGAAGAGCAGAAGAAAUAAAACUACUUGAAGCAUAAAUGUGCACAAGAGGGUGGAUGAGCAAUUCAUUGUGAUACUCAAACCAAACUUAGUAGCUACUUUUUUAGCUACUUUUUAGCUACUUUUUUCUUUACAUGCUUGAAUUUAAUUUGAUAUUAGGAUGCAAGAUGAGUCUGUCCAUGUUAUUGUUUAUGUUAAAGACAAGUGGAAAAGAUUGAAACCAGUCUUGGUUCAAGCAGAGUGUUUUUCAUUGUGGUGAUCACUGUAGCGUCAUCUUUUUUUGGAAUAUACAAAAUCUGUGAAUCUGGCUUUUCAAGAAGUGUCUGUAGAGCUAAAAUGUGAAUUAGGACAAUUUACAAGCAGCGUAAGUUUUAAACUUUUCAUUGAACUCUUGGAUUAUUUUUCUUUUAAGUUCAGAGUUUUGCCCCUUCUGUCUGAAAUACACCUCUACCCCGAUAUAACGCGACCUGAUAUAACACAAUAUAAUUCAGAUAUAAUGCGGUAAAGCAGCGCUCCGGGGGGGGGGCGGGGCUGCGCACUCUGGCAGAUCAAAGCAAGUUCGAUGUAACGCGGUUUCACCUAUAACGCGGUAAGAUUUUUUGGCUCCCAAGGACAGUGUUAUAUCUGGGUAGAGGUGUAUUUGCAGACCAGGCAGUGCAAUGUGUAUGUGGUUUGCUAUGACAUUUAAAACAUCAGCAAAGUUGUUUUCAAAUAGUUUUUUUUUUUGCUGGAAAGGUCAUCCUGGAUUCUUGUUUGGGCACUAUACUUGCAAUGCAUUGUGCACUGGGACCCUUCACCCACCUGGAGCCUCCCUGAAAUUAACGGGGCUCCGGGUGGAGGCAGGGACUUUCCAUUGCUGUUCUCCCUACAACACUGGGGCCUUGUUUUGUACUGAAAAGCGUAUUGUAAAAUGUCAAGAAGUCCUAUUCUUGUUGGGACGAAGAACAAUCAUGUAUUGAAGGCACAGAGCUGAGAACCAGCAAGUAGAUCGCAGUUCUAUUAACAGAUGUGUGGCCUUGAGCAAAUCACUUAGCUUCUCAGGAUCUUUAGUUUCCCCAUCCAUAAAAUGGAAACGAUAUUGACCAGCCUCAAAGGGCUGUAGUGAGGCUAAAUUAAUUGUUUGCAAAGCGCUUUGAGAUCCUCGGGUGGAAGGUGCUAUAAAAGUACAAAGUAUUAUUAUUAUUUUAUUUAAGAACAUGCCGUACCUGGUUCUAAAACGAGCUCUUACUAGUUUUCCUGUGCUUGUUUCACUGUGCAUGUGCUGUGGACUGUAGUGGUGCAAUGUGCUGUGGACUUCUGCUGGUGCUGAACUAAACUGUGGAGUGUGUGUGUUGGUGUGUCUCUCCUGUGCGGAAAAACCAAUGUAACUAUGUAGCCUUCCCAUGUUGCUGUCAGUGCAAUUUCUGUGAAAUGUAUGAAACACUUCAAGUCCUGAAGUAAAACUGCAGCAGCCUAUUUGCUACACCACAUUGGGUGGUAUUGUUUACUUUCUGUUGUUUACAUACAUGUGUAAAUAAAGGACACCAACCUUUGCAACGUUA